AUCUCAAAGACAACAUAACAACAUACAAAGUGAAACACACUAGCAACCUCAUAGCAGCAAUGGCAACCAAGAUACUUGCCCUCUUUGCAGUCCUUGCUCUUUCAGUGAGCGCAGCCAAAGCGGUCUUUAUCCCACAAUGGUCACUAGCUUCUACCGCUGCAACUAUUCCACAGUACAUCCCAUCAGUAACAGCUGCGGGGUUUGAAAAUCCAAUUGCGCAAUCCUACAGGCUACAGCAAGCGUUCGCAUCAAGCAUCAUAUCAUCAGUCUUAUGGCAGCAGCAAUCCUCAGCCCAUUUGGCAGUACAAAGCAUUGUGGCACAGCAACAACUGCAACAGCUUUCACCAGCAUUUAAUCAACUAGCCAUCACAAAUCCCGCUGCCAACUUGCAACAACAGCAGCUUUUCCAAGCACUCAACCAACUGGCUGUUGCUAACACUGCUGCCUACUCGCAGCAACAGGUGUCUUCAUUCAACCAACUACUUGUUGCAAACCCUGCCGCCAUCUUGCAGCUGCAAUUGCAAACAUUGAACCCACUGACUGCAGUAAAUCCCACCGCCUUCUUGCAACAACAACAACAACAACAACAACAACAACAACAACAACUGCAGCUGCAGCAAUUGAACCAACUAGUUGUGGCCUUGUUGCAACAACAGCAACUGCUGCAAUUGAACCAACUGGCUGCGACAAACCCUGCCACAUACUGGCAGCAACCCAUCAUUGCCAAUACUAUUUUCUAGAUUGCUUAUGAGUUCUACUUCAACAAUAAAGUUUACAUGCGGACAUCUGUAACUUCCGGAAAUAAUAUAAGUAUUGACUGAGAUUACCAUAUCAUAUAUGCAUCCAA